UUAAUAGAGUCAAAAAGAAAAAAAAAGUAUAGUUGAAAACUGCUAAAAAGAAUUUCUAUGAAAUAGGCUCAUAUAACAGCCCCUGCAAGCUCUACAGCUUGUUUUGUAUGGUUGUAUUGUAUUGUUAGUUAAAACUUUAAAUACAAUGUUUAUUUUGAUUGUCACUUAAAUUUUAUUAUAUAGUAUGGCUAACUAAAUUCAUUGUUAUGUAACAAUGAAAAGUUCCCUUUUUUAUGAAACUACCUGUUUUAUAGCAGCUUUACCACAUACCUCAGCUAAACUGACUUUGGAUAAAGAAAAAAGUAGCACAACAGACAAACUGAGGCGUGAUUGUUGGGAUGUGAGGGAAAGGGGAAGAAGAUUCUAGCAGGUAAAGAAAAUAGAGUUUGGGAGUGAACCGACAUUCACUCAACUGUGUAUAUGAAGGUCUCGCAUCAAGAACAAACUACUCAAUACUUGUAUUUUUAUUUUGAGUGUGAUUUUUCAGAUAAAAUGCUUCAGUUAUUUCUAUCUCAACCAUCUUGGAAGGAAAAUGCAACUGACGAAUCAGUUGAGCAGAGAAAAGCUCUUCUGAAUGAGCUAGAAUCAGUCAUCUGGUCACUGAUGUUGGUGGAAGGGCGAUCUGAGUGUCGGCUUUGGCUUUCUAAUGCAGUCGCAGAGAUGAGGUCUAUAACACCACGUAAUCAACGCGAGUUAUUCAUGACUUUAUUGAGGUCUAAGCCUCUAAAAAAGCCCUUAGUUGGACAACUUCUACAAUUGCUUUUCCAGAAGGAACCUCAGAAAGCAGGGCUUAUCAUUGCAAAGAAAUGUUUUUUAUUAGAAAAUUUCUUUAAAGGAAACAGAAAUCGUAUUUUGCAGUGGUUCUCUAAUUUUGCUAGUAGUGGUUAUGUGGACCAUACAAAGGGGGCUAAGGCACUGUCCCAGUUUGCUUUUGUGAAUAGAGACAUCUGUUGGGAGGAACUCGAGUGGAAGGGGAAACAUGGGCAAUCACCUGCAAUGGUUGCCACUAAGCCUCACUAUUUUCUUGAUCUGGAUGUCGAACGAACAGUGGAGAAUUUUCUUGAGUAUGUUCCUGAAUUUUGGUCAUCUAAGGAAUUUGCCGAGUCACUAAGAGAUGGUGAUAUUCUGACCAUUGAUAAUAAUUUUUUUAUCAAUAUGUUUGUUGACUUGAUGUACAAGGAUAAUUUGAAAGAAGUAUGGGAAAUUAUAGAUGAGUUUCUGAUUGAGCAAUCUUUCUCUUUCUUAUGUCAACACCUUCUCAUCAUUCUUGAGGAACAAGAUCUAAUGGUUUUCUUGGAUUUACUCCAAAGUUAUGUUAAACCAAGUUUGCAAAAGAAGGAUUGCCAUGAUUCUCUUGAUCAAGUGCUGAAGAUCAUCCUCUCCAAGUGUGAUGGCAAUAAUUCUCUUGAUCAGUUGCUUCUCUUGAAUGCAGUUGCUACUCAAAGUCGGCAGCUUAUACGAUUUAUACGUGAAGAAGGUAGUCAGGAGCAAAAGGAGAAGGUUAGGCAUGUUGUUUUCCAAAUUUGUAAACCAACAAACCCUAAAGAUACAUUUACACCAAUUCUGAGGGAAUGCUUCAGAAGAAAAUCUUUAGAGACUAUCAAAUGGUUGGGACUGCAGUCUUGGGCUUUCUACUGUUACUUAUCUGAGGAUUUCAGAAAUUCCAGUUCCUGGGAAAACUUAUUUGUUUGCAACAAUAUAAGCUUCCGCAAAUCCAAGACUUAUCCAAUAUUAGAUCAUGAUCAGCUUCUGGAAGAAAGUGAGUCUGAGCAGGACAAUAGAUCAGCCAGAAAUAAGCGCAAGAAAAGGCAAAAACACAGAAAGAAAAAGAGAAGGGAUAUUGACUUUGAGGAAUUAAAUGGGGAUGAAUUUGCCGAUGUAAUUACAAAUCAACUGGAGUUGCAUUCGACAUCUGGUGACUGGUUGCUUUCUACUGAUGGGUAUUCUACUACUUGGAGCAGCGUGAAAGAAUAGGAUUUUGAGCAGUGAGUUACAUGCAUCAUGUUACUUCUGUUAGAUCUUUGUUUUAUGUCGAUGGAAAGAGGAGUGUGGGUACCUAGACAGCCUCAUGGGUGGACCUACCUGAGCAUAUAUCAAAACAUUGCUUCUUCACGUGGAUGAAGUGGGUUUUUACUGAAUGAAUAGAUGAUUAUUCACUCUUUGCAUGGAGUUGUUAUGAUACGACAAAAAGAUUAUGGUCAUGUGCUUUCUGCAUGCACCUUCUGAUGGAAGAAUUUGAAGGUGGAUUGGACAAGUAGCACAAGUGCCGGUUCUUGAUUUAUCACUCUGGUUCUAUGUAGGGGAAGAAUCUGUAAAAUGGUUUUGUUCUACGUGAUUGCAACUUUCUAUUUCCUUACCUUGGAGUCCUGCCUUGUAAGUCAAGUAUCUGCCCAAGUAGUGAUUGUAAAGGUAACGGUGAGUAUGUGGACAUUGCAGGUUUAAGGUCAGGUUCUUCCUUGGCUGCUUAUGUGCUUCAGGCUCAGCCUAAUAUCCCUUCUUCCUACCAUGUCUCCAAUGGGCAGAGUUCCUUUAUUACAAUUUGCCAGUGCCCAGGAAAUCCGGAAGUUUCUUUUCCAUCUAGUUUAGAUAUUGUGGUUGAUUUGAUUCGUUGUGCAAAAUUCGGUUUAUGACCUUUCCUAUGCACUGGCUGGCAUCUCUGUUGGAGCCAAAAGUCGUGUUGUUGAUGGUGAAGUUAUACAUUUGUAGUGGCAUGGAUUGUUAUAUGGUGACUGGUGAGUAAUAACAAGUGGAUUGUCAUAUGGAGAACAAAUAAUAGUUAAUAUGGAGGAUAAAAAUGAUCGGAUUGCUAUAUGGUGAAUUGAACAUAUUGUGAUUGUUAUUAAUUGAUUGCUUAUUGUAAGUUAAUUUUUUGACUUAAGAUGUUCUUAUCCACGUAUGGCUAAUACUUUUAGAUGACGUAUGGCUUCGAUUCAAGUUACGCGAGAAUUAACAAUGGUCAUUAAUUAAUAAUGUGGGUUGUAAUAUGCAUGAAUUGUAAUGUAAGAAUUUAUUACGUUUGUAUUGUAAUCUAGGGUUUAAAAUGUAUUUUGUUUA